AUGUCCCAAUCAACCCCCAGCUUCUCCACGCUGCUCGAGAACCCGAUGGCAGUCUGUCUGGAAAGAAGCGUACUAUGCCCACCUCAAGACGGAGCCCUUGCAGGCAGCAUGCUCUCACCUCAAUAUUCAUUUUGCAACGCGUGCCAACCUCGGGUUCCUUCAGAACGCGCUCAUCCGCCAUUGGUUUCCCGUUCAAGGAGCCAUCAAAUCCUCGCUCCCUAA